AUGCCAGCUCUUUUGUUCAAAGCGGUCUGUCACGGGUUACCACUCACCAUUGGAGUCAAAGUCAAAGACUUUGGGAAAUUCAAACCAGAGGAGGUCUCUGACAUCGACCGUCUAGUAGGGAAGCCGUCAUCGACGAUCGAAGCACCAUUCGCCUAUACUGCGCAGGGAGCCUUACGCGCUUAUUAUAUGAGUCGUGUGAACGAUAUCAUACGAAGGCCGCAUGCCAGAAUCUUAGUUGGUAUGGGAGGCCCUAUAGCCUGGUUGGGUCGGAAAUGGGGCGGAAUGGAACUUGUCACGCAAUUCAUGGAGGGCCCUUCCCCAGAUGUCUAUCUCCACCGACGCGGAUACAUCGACUCAGACGACGAGCACCCCAUGUUCCUAUACACUGACAAAAUGUCCCCCCAAGAAAUCGACAUCCUUUUUGGCUGCAUUCGCAGUGACAGCGACCGUGACAAGUCCCUGUAUCCCUCGAAGGACAUUCUAGAUGAAGGCUGUUUCUUCUGGACUGGGGAGUGGGACAGCCGCAUGGAUAACAUGUUCAACGACAUUACAAAGGAAAUCCUGCAGGGCUCCGCAAAGUUCAGGACCCCCGGGAUGUGGAACGAUUACUUCCGUCGAUUGAACCGAGGCCACAGGGGAUCGCGGGAACGCCUCAACCAAGUAGUCCCAGCCAUGUUAACUCGUUUACAUUCCAAGAUCAUCGACGGCUUUCUCGUGGACUGGAACAAGCGUCGCUUGAUGGAUAUCAAGUUGCCCGAAGAGUACCGGCCACGUCAAGUGGGGAAUAGGGGGGCUCUGUAA